AGACUGUUAAGUCGACUUGCCAUAAGUCGACUUAACAGUCAUGCUAAGUCGACUUGACAGAGGCUAAAAUCACAAUUCGGCUGCAGAUCGUAAGUCGACUCGUGCACAGUGCAUGAGUCGACUUAUGCCAGUUUUUCUGGUUUUUCUGAUUUCUCCACAAAUAUAAGAAAGAAAAGUGAAGAAAGUACUUCUUGGUACGUAAUGCAAAUUCCAAACCUUUGAGUGGUUUAUGAUUAUUUUAUCCAAUCUUAAUCCUUAUUGGUAGUGUAAAUUCCAAAAGCUCGUUUUGUUUUGGGUUGGUGGGGGGCGAUCAAGGUACCCGGCCCCUAACUUAAAUGCAGCUCCGCCACUGCAUGCAUAGAGCUCAAAGCAUGAUUCCCUUGUAAAUUUACUAUUUUUUUUAUUUAUUUAUUUUUUUUUUACACAAAUGUCAUUGUUGUGAAAUUUCUCCCUCAUGGUCUUAUUUGUUAGGGCGAGCUCCUGGUAUUAGCAAACGUGGGGGAUUCUCGUGCUGUACUGGCAACAAUUUCUGAUGAUGGGUGCUUGGUUCCUAUCCAGCUUACCACUGAUUUUAAACCAAAUUUAGUUCGUAGGCUUCCAUCUCUUCAUGAAUCAAGGAGGCAGAGCGUAUAAAUGAAUGUAAGGGACGGGUUUUCUGUUUGAGAGACGAACCCGGAGUUCACAGGGUUUGGCUACCGAAUGGUGAAACUCCUGGAUUAGCUAUGUCAAGAGCUUUUGGAGAUUAUUGCAUCAAGGAUUUUGGUCUCAUAUCAGUGCCUGAAGUAACGAAAAGGAUGGUUACUGACAGAGAUCAGUUCAUAAUUCUGGCAACCGAUGGGGUUUGGGAUGUGAUCUCGAACGAAGAAGCAAUUCAGAUAGUUUCUUCAGCCAUUGAUAAAGGAAAAUCGGCGAAAAAACUCGUCGAAUGUGCUGUUCGUGCUUGGAAACGUAAGAGGAGAGGAAUAGCAGUCGACGACUGCACGGCUAUUUGUCUCUAUUUCACACAUUCUGCUGAUCACUUGUUAACUUCCGGUGCAAACCAUUGGCAGUAACAUACGUAGUUCAUAAAUUGCAUAAUAAAAAUUUUCAGCUCUAUUUUUUUAAGUAAUUUUUUU